GAUUCACAAAACAACACAAUGGUUUAUUACCAGUCCACACCUUUAAUUAUAAAAUCAGAACAACCUAGUCAGGCACAAUUAUGUGCUCCUCUCAGAAAUAAUCAUGAUCCACAGCAGCAACAGCAUCAUCCUAUAACUAAUAAUAGUUAUAUACUUAAUAAUGUUAAUAUAACAGCAAUGCAACAGCAACAACAACAACAUCACCAACAGCAACAUCAACAAAUGUCCUCACACAACAUUAACUCUACAACAAGUAUUACAACAACAACACCAACAGCAAAUCAUCAACAACCAACAGCACAAUAUUUAACAAAUAUUAAAACAGAAUUAUUACCAUCGGGUAUAACAUUAUAUGCCAAUACACAACCUGCUUCCUUAACAUCACCUUCAACUACAGCAGCAACAACAGCAACAACGCCAAAUUCAUUACCAACAUCUACAAAUAAUGUUAGCAGCAGUACUCCUACUUCCACAACAACGCCAGGACGCAAAACAAAUGCCAAUAAACCACAAUUUAAAUGUGAACAAUGUGGCAUGACAUUUGGUAGUAAAUCGGCUCAUACUUCGCAUACUAAGUCCCACGCUAAAAAUGGUGAUUUAAGUUUAAUGAGCAAUGCUUUAAAUAAUGGAACCAAUUCGCCACCUUUGGCAGGAGGAAUAGAAUUAAAUGAGGCUGGCUUACCCAUGGGCAUACCAAAGACACCACAGAUAAAGCCCAAUGCAAAUGCCGCCUCUAAUGGUGGUGAUCCCUAUCAGUGUAAUGUCUGUCAAAAGACAUUUGCUGUGCCUGCAAGACUGAUUCGUCAUUAUCGUACACAUACUGGCGAAAGACCCUUCGAAUGUGAGUUCUGUCACAAACUCUUUAGUGUCAAAGAGAAUCUACAAGUACAUCGCCGCAUACACACCAAAGAACGUCCCUAUAAGUGUGAUGUCUGUGGUCGUGCCUUUGAGCAUUCGGGCAAAUUGCAUCGUCACAUGCGCAUACACACAGGUGAACGACCGCACAAAUGUUCGGUGUGUGAUAAGACGUUCAUACAAUCCGGUCAAUUAGUGAUACACAUGCGCACGCAUACCGGUGAAAAACCAUAUAAAUGUCCAGUAGAAGGUUGUGGUAAGGGAUUUACCUGUUCGAAACAAUUAAAAGUGCACUCACGCACGCAUACGGGCGAGAAACCAUAUCAUUGUGAUAUUUGUUUCCGUGAUUUUGGUUAUAAUCAUGUUUUGAAAUUGCAUCGUGUACAGCACUAUGGUUCGAAAUGCUAUAAAUGCACUAUAUGCGAUGAAACGUUUAAGAGUAAGAAGGAAAUGGAGGCCCAUAUUAAGGGUCAUGCCAAUGAAAUGCCAGAUGAUGAA